AUGAACGUUAACGUCCUCACCGUCAUUAGCCCCGACGAUGGAAAGCGGUUUAGACUCAACAUUAAAGGGGACAUUGGACGAGUGACGAUUGGACGACUGAAGCAGUGCCUUGCCACAGCCACCUCAUGCUCCGUUCCCGCUGCGGAUCAAGUUAUCAAACUUAGCGGCACCCCGCUCGCCCGGGACGAGGAAGUGUGUGCCGCCUACGGCAUUGUGAAUGGUUCCACCCUCACUCUGGAGCAUCGCGCUAACGUCGACCCGACGACCAACCACACCGCAUCCUUUCUUUCCCCCCACCGUCAGGCGCUGGAGUACCAAACCAUACGCCAGCAGGAGGAAAUUGUUGGUGACGAAGUGACAAGGUACGAUAACACGCUUCUAGGAAAAAUUGACCGACUACAGGAUCAGGUGGAGGCAGCAGAGAGGAAGAAGGAAAAACUUCAGCGAGAAAAGGAGAAGGCAGAGCGGGAGUUGGAAACGGUUCGUAAACAGGAGGAGUUUGCUGAGAAGGAAAAACAACGUUUGACUCAGCUGCGACAGAGCGAGGUACAGCGUGCAGCUCGGCGCGCAGCAGACUUGGCUACACGACGUGAGUUGCUCAAAGCGGAAGAGGAAGCGACUCGAGUAGUGACGCAGCGGAAACUUGAUAACGAGCGCCGCAGGGCGCUGCUGGAGCAACAACGAGCCAUGUACACAGCGGAGAGGGAGCGUCUGGAAAAGGAGCGGAAAGAGUACGAGCGGCGGGCGAAGGAGCGUGAGGUGAAUAUUCGUGCGAAGGAGAUUGAAAUAGAGCAACAGGUUCUCGCGGCAGAACGCGACAAAAGAGAAGUGGAGUUGAACCGACUUGUGUCGCACCAAAAUCGAUUGUUGUACUAUGACCGUGUUGGUAGGCCGCCUCCACUCGAGUUGAUGCAUGCGGGGUUGAAGAGGGCAGGCUGGUCAGGUGUUGAUUUAUCGGAUUUGCCUUCCGCGGCGCUGAAUAGUAAAGAUGUGGUGUGGGGAAAACCCUACGACGUGAACGAUAAUGCUCCCACCCAGCAAUGUCAGUCAAAUCUAAAGCAAACACAAGAGCAGAGUGAAACCCGACAUUCACCUGGUCUAAUAAAGAGUGAAGACAAUGAUCAUGCCAGCAACCACCUUGACGACACUGUCCAAGAUGAGUCAUCUCUAACAAGGGAUGCCAGCAACGUGAUAAAAAAUAUGUUACCGUGCAAAAAUAAUAGUGUGCUGAAUCAUGGUAUUAAACUGUAUGAUGCGUGGAAAAACGCGGUUGAUAACCUAGUUUGCAUGGGGAGAGAUUUUGGCUUAGAGAAUGUGUUAAAGUUUGAUGAAAACAACACCUGUGUCAUAAGUGUUGACGGGCAGUACACUUUAUUAGUAACCUUUGAUGCAACAACAGAGAGGCUAUAUAUGUAUUCCACCCUCCUGGCAACCAUUCCACCCGACCCGGGUGUUCGACUGCGUGUCUACGAGUUUUUAAUGGAGGGGGCUUUACUAGGGCGAGAGAUGUGUGGCGGCGGCGUUGGGGCAUCCGUUAAGAAUGACUUUAUUCUCCUUUCCACCAGCAUAUACUUGCCUAUGAGCCUUCCCACAACCUUGAGUGCUCUCGCACCCCAGUUUGUGAUGUCUCUCAACAAAUGGCGAGAAAAACUUGCAGAGCUACUUAAGGAUGUGGAUGUGCAGCCCGUGACCAGUCUGGGUAAAAAUGGCCCCAGUACAGCAGAGAAUGCAAGUGAAUUAGAGUCGAGACGCAAGCCGCAGCAACACUUGCCCCGCCACACUACUGCAUCUCCACGUGGCAGCGGAACUCUCAGUACGAAAAAUGGUUCUGGUGGCUCAGUGAUUGGGGUAAAAGCAACGGAUAGUGUCACGAUCAAUGGUGUCUCUUCCCGUUAUAGUGAUGGGGUAUUAGUUGUGGAUGUAACAGGGCCUGCUGCUCUUGCUGGGAUAGAAAAAAAAGAUGUUAUAAAGCAGGUCAAUCACAAGCCUGUGACGAGCCUCCAGCAGUUUCAGCGUGAGGUAUCUCGUUUGCCUCCGGGUGUAAUGGUGCCUUUUGUUGUCGAGCGCAGCGGUGCGUUGCAGAGCUUCUCCGUCAGAGUAGGCGCAGCCUGA